CUCGCCAACUUCUCCCAGCCAGACAGACGUAUGUGCUGUAUAUGUACAUGUACAUUUACACCGUUCAAACCUGGCCGGCUUCAUUGGGAGUAGAAAAAUAUUCUGACCAGUGUUUAUUCUCUUGUUGAAUGAAAACGACAAGCACAGAAAAAGAAGAGGAACAAGAUGUGUACGUAGUUGCUACGUUGAGUUUCCUAGGUGAAAAGCAAACCUGAGUGAAAAGGAUGGUCUUAGUUCUACUUUCAGUUGUAUUUCUGUUUAUGUUGCGUUGAGAACAACUGUAUUCCUGGAUUCCUGGAUAUCUAUCUGAUCAGACCAAGGGUCUUUCUUUAUCGGCUGCACGCCUUGCCCUGGUCACUUUCUGUUCCCCCUGAACUGGACCUGAUUCAAGAUUUUUUACCAUGCCCCAACAACAACAGCAGCAGCAGCAGAAACAGCUCAAUGUCAUUGCCCUGAUAUCAGGCGGCAAGGACUCUCUCUACGUCAUCCUUCACUGUCUCAAAAAUGGACACAAGGUCGUUGCGCUCGCGAACCUCCAUCCGCCCUUGCGGCCGAAACGCAGUGCCAAUUAUGAUGCAUAUGUAACUACGGGGUCAUUGCAAUGCGAUGAUCAGGAUGGGGAUGUUGUGCAGAAGGGUAGAGUGGGGGGUCAGGAAGUGAAUGGCAAUGGGGAGAUUGGUCAGUGGGGAGAAGAGGAAGAGGAAGAGGAAGAAGACCUCCAUAGCUACAUGUACCAAACAGUCGGCCACAGCAUAAUUCCCCUCUACCAAUAUGCCCUGGAUAUUCCGCUCUACCGCGCCCCGAUCCACGGCACGGCCCUCAACACCUCGCGAGACUACCAGCCACCCUCACCGUCACCACCUUCAUCAUCAGCAGCAGCAGCAACAACAGCAACAGACGAAACCGAAUCCAUCUUCCACCUCCUCCAACGGGUCCUCAAGGCCCACCCAACCGCCAACGCCGUCUGCGCCGGCGCCAUCCUCUCCACCUACCAGCGCACACGAGUCGAGAAUGUCGCUAGUCGUCUGGGACUGACCCCCCUAGCUUGGCUGUGGAUGUAUCCGACCCUCCCACCGCCGGUGGAGCGUGAGUUGGUGCCAGCCAACUCCCCCGCAGCUGUCGCGGGGCUGUUGGACGACAUGGCCGCGUGCGGUUGUGAGGCGCGGAUUAUCAAGAUUUCUAGUGGAGGGUUGGAUGUGGAUGAUUUGUGGGGGGAUGUUGCGGGGAGGGCGGAUGGGGAAGGCGGGGUGGUGAGGAGGGGGUUGGUGCGGGGGAUGGGAAGGUUUGUGGGGGAAGGGGAGGUGGCGGGGGCGGUGUUGGGGGAGGGUGGGGAGUAUGAGACUAUUGCGUUGGAUGGGCCGGGGGUUUUGUGGAAGGGGAGGAUUGUGGUUGAGAGGAUUGAGAGGAGGGUUGGGGAGGGGGGUGUGGCUGCUGUGAGGAUUCGGGGGGCUACGUGCGUGCGGAAGGAUGAAAGGGGCGGGGAUGAUGAUGAUGAUGAUGGGGGUUUGAGGUUGGUGAGGGUGCCGCAGCUGUUUGAUGCCGGGUUUAAGGAACUUUUGGAUGAAAUGCUUCUGCGCGGGGGGGAGUAUGAGGAUGUUCGAGAAGAAGAGGUCCAGGAUCACAGGUUACAUGGUAAUUACGGUGAUGAAGAGAGCCGGAAGGUGGCUGUGUGUCAAAUCAAGGGAGAAAAUGUAUGGACUAUCUCGAACCUCUCCGCCCCUGAAGUUGGUCCUGGGGCGGGGAAUCAGAUGGAAGCUAUCGCACGAAAGCUCGAGACGAUUUUGCUACAAGCUACCUCAACAACUACUGGAACUAGACGCCCCACAACUACCGCGGACAUUGUAUUUACCACCGUCCUCCUACGAUCAAUGGACGACUUCACUCUAAUAAACCCCAUUUACGCUUCUCUAUUUACCAAACCGAAACCCCCUGCCAGAGUAACUGUGGCAUGCGGCGAUAACAUGCCUCCUGGUGUGGACGUCCUCGCGUCUUUCGUCAUAGAUAUGCUGCUGCGCGAGUGUAGAUUGGGCUUACACGUCCAGUCACGUUCUUACUGGGCCCCAGCAAAUAUAGGGCCAUAUUCACAAGCACAGUGCAUCCCGCUACACAAACAUGGAAGGAUUGAUCACGAUGGCGGGCUAGUAUAUGUUGCGGGGCAGAUACCCCUGGAACCUGGGUCGAUGGAAAUAUACAACCCUGCUCCAACGGAGGAGAGCAGCGGCUGGUUUAAUCCAUUUGUAUCUCGUUUGGUAUUAUCCUUGCAACAUUUGUGGCGGAUUGGGAGAGUCAUGGAGGUGGACUGGUGGUUGGGGGCCGUGGCGCUUCUAGCUGGGGAUGAGAAUAUCCCCGCAAAGGCUAAGCUGGCGUGGGAUAUCUGGGAGCAUAUGAACCGCGAUCCGUCAUCCCUGAAGGCUGGAGAGGAGGACGAGGAUGACGAGGAACCGCCUGGAUUUGAUAGUUGGGACCUCAAAUAUGGAAACCAGCGGGGUCUAGGGAAGUAUUCCGCAGCGGAUGUGAAAAAAAACCUGCCAAAUUUCGAUAUCGUCAGGGGAUCCGUUUGCACUCCGCCGUUUUUCGCGGUGCAGGUCGCGGCGCUACCACGUGCAGUUGAUAUUGAGUGGCAGGGUUUGGGGACAAGGUCAGAUCAACUAACUACGUCUAAGGAAACACAACGCAAUGGGUCAUGGACAUUAAGCCGGUCACAAGGCACCGGUUUUGGGUCGUGUUAUUAUAUAGGGGUACAAGACGGCACCGCGGGACAACCAACCCAUGAUUUGGAAGUGAGCAUACGGGACGCGAUAGAUUUCGUGAAAGCGAGAGAAAUUGAUGUGCAUGGCGAGACCAUCGAUCAUGUUAAUUCGACGGUAUAUACCUCUUAUCCCCUGGAUGGGAGUGUUGGGCAGCUGGGGCAGAUCGUCCCAGCUACAUCUGUCUGGGGCCCAAGGGCGUUGAAACUUGCCGCGGGUAUUGUGGUUCAUAUUCGCUUGAAGGGGUGAAAAUAUUUUGGAUUGCAUUAUUAUGACCAUUUCAACGAUCAAUUUGAAACUAGUUACGGCUGUAUAUUUGAAAAUUUGAUUGCUAUACUGCUUGGAGAGUAGGAACGCCAAUGAAAUCAAAAGGAAUUUACUCCAUGUCCUAUAACUACUCUGUAGAGCCAACUGCUGAUAUGCAUGUUACCGAAAGUAGCGCCCUAAUAACAAGUAUAAAACACG